AACCGAACGUGGUCAAGUACGAUUUUAAUAAUGAGUUUUGGAUCCUUGCUCUAUGAACUUUAGACAUUUUGUAUUUAAGACUUACAUUUUAAGUCUAAGAAGUAUAAAUCCAUGCAAACAUCUUGUUUUGUAAUCGCCUUGCUACUCUCCGUGCUUGCUUGAAAUACAGCACAGUAAGCACAAUUGCAGCAACAUACGCUGCUGGCUGUGUUUACAUUUCCAGAAUCAUGAAUUACUCACGGUUUUUGACUGCUGUCAGUGCAGCUAGGAAGCCUUCUCCCAUUCGAAUGCUGACUGAGCUGCAGCAGCGUUCCCCCCCCUCCAUGAUCUCUCUGGCCGGGGGGGCACCCAACCCUAACACCUUCCCCUUCCUGUCAGCAACCAUCCGGUUGAAAAACGGCGAUGCGGUCACAUUCGACGAGCCCCUGAUGAAGAGGGCUCUGCAGUACUCUGCAUCCAGCGGGAUUCCUGAGUUGCUGACUUGGAUGAAGAACCUUCAAAAGAACCUCCACAACCCUCCCACAGCGAGCUACAGCGUGGAGACAGGCCAGAUGGACAUGUGUGUGACCACCGGCAGUCAGGAGGGACUCUGCAAGGUGUUUGAGAUGUUAGUGAACCCCGGAGACAACGUUCUCCUUGAUGCCCCCACCUACUCUGGAACUUUAGCAGCCCUCCAGCCACUGGGCUGUAACCUCAUUAACGUCCCCAGCGACCAGCAUGGCAUGAUCCCCUCUGGCCUGAAGGAGGUGCUGUCCCGCUGGGAUCCGUCGGACGUACACAGGCCCGGAAGCUCCGCCCCCAGGGUGCUCUACACCAUCCCCAACGGGGGCAACCCCACCGGGGCCUCCAUGGCAGCCCAGAGGAAGCAGGAAGUCUAUGAGCUUGCAAGACAGUAUGACAUGCUCAUCAUCGAGGAUGACCCCUAUUACUUCUUGCAGUUUGAUAAGCCCUGGGCACCCACUUUUCUCUCCAUGGAUGUAGAUGGUAGAAUCCUCCGGACAGACUCUUUCUCUAAGAUCCUCUCCUCAGGACUGAGGAUAGGCUUUGUAACGGGACCCAAGCCCCUGGUGGACAGAGUGGUUCUCCACAUUCAGGCCUCCACCAUGCACACCAGCACCUUCACACAGCUCAUGGUCACUCAGCUGCUGCAUGGCUGGGGCCAAGAGGGCUUCCUCAACCAUAUAGAUGGGGUGAUUGAGUUUUACAGGAAACAGCGAGAUGCCAUGAUAUCCUCUGCUGACAAGUGGCUGACAGACGUUGCUGAGUGGCAUGCACCAGCAGCGGGCAUGUUCCUGUGGAUCAAACUAAAGGACGUCUCAGACACACAACAGCUCAUCAUGGAGAAAGCUCUGGAGAAGGAGGUGCUGCUAGUCCCCGGAGGAGUGUUCAUGAUCAACAGCUCAGAACCCUGUCCUUAUGUUAGAGCUGCCUUCUCCCUCUCCACACCACAACAGAUUGAUGAGGCUUUCAAGAGGCUGUCUGCUCUCAUCAAGGAGGCUCUUAUUAAAUGAAAACUGAAGUGAUUUAGUAUUAUCUUAGACAUAUUUUGAACAGUAAGUUCCCAAUUUACUCCUGAGGCCAAAGACCAGGAUUCAUAGGAGCCUGGAGACAUUAUGUGAUUGUGUUUCUAGUGUCCCCAGUUGGAAAGAUGGCAAAUCGUUUUCGAUUGGUUUUGAUUGUCAGUUACAGUAUUGUCUUUACUGUUAUUAUUUGUUGGUGGCAUUGCAAACUUGACUUACAUUGUAACAAGCAUUUCUUGAAACUAGCCUUUAACACACACACACAAAUGAAAAUCUUUAUUUAUUGCAGUUUGACUUAGUUUAACUGUGGACCGAUCGAUGUAUGAUACUGAGGAUUGUGACGGAAGAAAGAACAAAAAAUGAAACUAAUUUACUACGAUUGCCGUUUUUUCACAAACUGCCACUCCCCAACACUGCAAACGAUGUGAGACGCCCCUGUGGGGGUCGUAGUGCUGGCGACACACUGUACCCCACAGCAGUGUGUUUUGGUUUGAGUCAGGCUCGCCUUUACAAGUGGAGACUCUAAAUGAUUUAGGAGUUCAUCGAAUGCACCUGCCUGCCACAGCAAAUUCUAGGACAUGUUUGUGUGAACUUACAUGGCGAAUAAAGCUUAUUCUGAUUCUGUU